AUGGCCGCCGUGCAGCUCGAGCUCGACAAGAAGAAGGACGAGUUCCUCUCGAGGAUGCGGCGGUGCACGGAGAGGGAGGAGGAGCUGGCGGAGCGGCAGGACGCCAUCAAGGAGCAGGUGCGCAAGUUCGACAAAUUCCUGAAGGAGAACGACGCCAAGCGUGCGCGCGCCCUCCGGAAGGCCGGCGAGGAGGCCAAGAUUCGCGAGGCGCGUGAGGCCGAGAGGGUGGCGCUCGAGGCGGAGCUGCUCAGGCAGCGCGCAGCGCAGGGGGAGAUUGAGGCGGCGCUGAGGAACCUGGAGCGGCCCGAGCAGUUCCUCGCCAGAGCGUGCGAGCACUCGGACUACUUUGAGGACAUCGAGGCCAUCCUGAGGCGGCACGAGGUCCUCGAGGCGACGCACGCCGAUCUUCUCGCUCGCGUCAAGACCUCCGAGGAGCAGACGCUGCAGCGGCGCGAGGAGCUGCACGAGACGCGAAAACGCACGCAGACCGAGGCGCUGGUCGACCAAAAAGCUGGCACCGAUCACUCGUGCGUGAGACUCAACCGAGCGCGGCUCGACGAGUUGAGGCUCGGGGCGCAGGACGAGGAGGCGUCCCUCGCCUCAAUGGAGAGCGGCGCAAAAGACCGGCUGCGCGUCUUGGGCGAGGUGACCAUGGCGAUCCACAACCUCCAUGCGCGCGCGUUCGAGAAAGACGGGUGGCGCGCCGGCGGCGCCGGCAGGCCACCGGACGGGGAGGGCGAGCUGCUGCCUGAGCUGCUCUCCUCCGUCGGGCAGCGCGUGGGCGAUCUUCUCGAUAUUGUGGCGACGCUCCGGCACGAGUCGCUGUCCACAGCCGGUGCUAGCAACGCCUGA